CGAGGCGUUCCCGAAAUCGCCCUAUUCCUCCGCUCUCGGCGACCCGUCCUCCCGCCGGCCGCCGCCUCCACUCUCCGUCGGACAGCGGCGGCGCUCCCCCUCGCCCCCCCACCCCCCACCGCCACUCCCUCGGGCAAGGCCGCAACACGGGGAAAUCCGAGGAGGAAGGAUGUCGGGGUUCGGCGACGGGUACGUGGGCACCGCGCAGGAUGCGGUGAAGAUCCGGCGGCUUGAGAAGCAGCGCGAGGCGGAGCGCCGGAAGAUCGAGGAGCUCAAGAACAAGAACGCCGACGGGCAGCCGGGCCUCCUCCAGUUCGGCUCCAGCACCUCCGAGAUUCUUGAGACUGCAUUCAAGAAGGAAACUGUCGGCCUAGUUACGAGGGAGCAGUAUGUUGAGAAGAGGGUUAACAUACGAACUAAGAUUGAGGAGGAAGAGAAAGAGAAGCUUCAAAAAUUGCAACAAGAAGAAGAAGAACUGCAAAUGCAGAAAAGGAAAAAGAGGAGAGUGAGGGGAGAUCCACGCUUGUCAUUCUAUGAUGACAUUGGGAACGGAAGUGACGAGGAUGAGUUUGAGAACCAAGAAACUCAGAAGAAACAACUUGGAAAGGAUCCCACAGUUGAGACAAGUUUUCUACCUGACAGAGAGAGAGAGGCAGAGGAACAAGCAGAGCGAGAACGCUUGAAGAUGCAGUGGUCGCGUGAGCAAGAAUUGAUCAAAAAUGAACCUCUUUCAAUCACUUACAGUUACUGGGAUGGUACUGGUCACAGGAGAGCUAUCCAGGUGCGUAAAGGUGACUCUAUUGGAGAAUUCUUGAGGGCUGUUCAACAGCAGCUUGCUCCGGAGUUCCGUGAAGUACGGACAACAUCGGUUGAGAACCUACUCUAUGUGAAGGAAGAUCUCAUUAUCCCUCAUCAACACAGCUUCUACGAGUUAAUCAUUAAUAAAGCAAGGGGCAAGAGUGGACCGCUUUUCCACUUUGAUGUUCACGAGGAUGUGCGUACCAUUGCUGAUGCAACAAAAGAGAAGGAUGAGUCUCAUGCGGGGAAGGUUGUGGAGAGACACUGGUACGAGAAGAACAAACACAUAUUCCCGGCCUCGAGAUGGGAGAUCUAUGACCCGACUAAGAAGUGGGAGCGCUACACGAUCCAUGGAGAUUAGAGUUUGUAGCAUGAUGCAGCAUAGUUUGAGAACUGAAGUGUUUGUACUUUGGAUUUAUGUAGCAACUAGCACUGCUAUUUUGCUAAUGCCAUAUCCGAAGAUCAUCAGUGUUGUUAUCUGCAACGAUUUCCCUUACUCAACUGUAGUAAAUUGUACACCUAUAUGCUCCUGAAAUUUUUCGUGAAAUCAUCUGGUGCACUUGGA